AUGGAACACGGAGGCGGAGGCUCGUGGGGAGUAGAAGUCCCUUCGCCAGAGAAGUCGAGCCAGCUCUACAUACGCGACUACCCGCAUCGAUCCGUCGCCAUUGUAUCCAACUCCCACGCCCUCAUCUUCAGUCAUACAUCCAGCCACGAUCUCACCAGCCAAGGCAAUGGCAGCAGCCACCAUCUUCCUCAAGUGCAACCUCAUCGACCCCGAACUUCAGGCACAGAGACCCCCGUGUCCAAAUGCAUGGCAGAAUUUGCGCCACUGUCGAAGAACACGCUUUCCGACUAUCGCAGUCUGAUACCGCGGCCGAUAUUUGGGACACUGGGCUUGAUUUCGGUCGAUGGAGAUGUCUUCUUGUCUGUCGUCACGCACGCCACACGGGUUGCGACCAUUCGGCCUGGCGAGACGGUCGAGAAAAUCUCCAGCGUUGCCUUCUUCUGCCUCAACAGCGACCGCUGGGACGAUGUCGUUUCCAUUGACAAUCUGGACCCCGAUCUGUCCGAUGCCUCAUCCGUGUACGGACCAGCCGGCUAUGGUCAGAACCUGAGUCGCCGAGAGAUCACGGUCGAACACCCUUGCCAUGACCUCAGGAAACUACUGAGCAAUGGCUCUUUCUACUACAGCACCGACUUUGAUGUCACCAACCGGCUGCAAGAUCGGUCCGUGAACUCGGCCGCCUUCGACAUCGACAACUUUGACGACUCGUUCCUCUGGAACUCCUUCAUGAUUAGCCCCCUGGUCCAAUUCAGAUCACGUCUCAUUCCCCACGAGAGAGAGGCCCUUGACUCAUCGAGGAUCCUCACAUCCGCCAUCAGGGGUUUCUGCCGUACCAUCGCCAUCCCGCAGAUCAGUGCUCCUCUGAAAACAACGAGUACAGGCCUCCCUUCGUAUCUGACAGUCAUAUCGCGACUCUCGUGUCGAAGGGCUGGCACGAGGUUCAACUCCCGCGGCAUCGACGAUGACGGCAACGUAGCCAAUUUUGUAGAAACGGAAACGACCUACUGGAGCCCUAGAGGGACUCUCUUCUCGUUCAGCCAGGUUCGAGGGUCUGUGCCCCUGUUUUGGGAGCAGGCGGCAGAUCUUCUACCAGGAAAGCAGAACAUCAGCAUUACCAGGUCGCCAGAGGGCACGCAACCUGCCUUCAACAAACAUUUCCAAGACCUCGAGCAUGCUUACGGUGCCGUUCACGUAGUCAACCUGCUCAGCGAGGAGAAGCCCGGGGAAGCCCAGCUCAGCAAGCUCUACCACAACGGUGUGCGCCAUUCCCCGUUGAGCCAGGUCGGCCAGAAUCAGUCUCAAGAUCACGCCUUGUUGAGGGAGACGCACUAUGACUUUCAUGCGGAGACGAGAGGUGCUGCUGGCUACGAGUCGGCUAGGAACAUCAGAAGAUAUAUUGAGAACUCGACCGAGGGCUUUGCCUAUUAUCUCGCCGAGGAGACCGACGAUGUGGCCGAUGACAAUCGCAGCUUGACAACGGUCAACGGAGCCCCUCGCAUGGUCGUAUUGCUCCAGCAAGAAGGUGUUUUCCGCACCAACUGUCUAGACUGCCUCGACAGAACCAACCUGAUCCAGACACUGAUCUCCUCCAUGGCCAUGGAGUCGUUCCUGGGCCAAAGAGGAGAGUACGCGACGUCCGAUUUCUGGAUGAGACAUUCAACCCUCUGGGCGGACAAUGGCGAUGCCUUGUCGAAGAUUUAUGCAGGCACCGGUGCCCUCAAGUCAUCAUAUACCCGCACUGGCAAAAUGUCCCUGGCAGGCGCCGUUGCUGAUAUGCGCAAAUCGAUGCAGAGGCUUUACCACAACAACUUUACUGACGCCGCAAAGCAAACGACCAUCGAUCGUCUGCUCGGCCGGCUCGUGGGCCAGACGCCAAUGCACAUUUACGAUCCGAUCAGUGACUUUGUCGCAGCCGAGAUGAGCAAGAGGAGCGCAGAGUUCUCCUCAACACAGGAUAUCAACAUGUGGGUUGGCACUUUCAAUCUCAAUGGGCGGACCCAAGGCAUCGACCACGAUCUAUCGUCUUGGCUUUGCCCCAAAGAGCUGGGCCCAAUCCAGCCCGAGAUUGUAGCCGUUGGCUUCCAAGAAAUUGUCGAUUUGAGCCCCCAGCAGAUCAUGAACAGCGAUCCCACACGGAAACGAUUGUGGGAGAAGGCCGUGAAGCGGACACUCAACAGCCACUUUGAAAAAGCCGGUGGCGAGCGUUACGUGUUGCUCCGGAGCGGACAGCUUGUCGGUGCCGCGUUGUGCAUUUUCGUCAAGGCAUCCUCGCUCAGCAGCAUUAAGAAUGUCGAAGGUAGUGUGAAGAAGACGGGAAUGUCUGGCAUGGCCGGCAACAAGGGCGCGGUCGCCAUUCGGUUCGACUACGCCAGCACCCCCAUUUGCUUUGUCACGGCUCACCUAGCAGCCGGGUUUUCUAAUUAUGACGAACGCAACCGCGAUUACGCGACUAUCCAUGACGGUCUGAGGUUUCAGCGCAACCGCGGCAUUGAUGAUCAUGGUCAGUCACGCGCUGGUCUAUCCUUUCCCUUCUAUUCAGAGGCGCGCAUCACGUUUCUGCCCACCUACAAGUUCGAUCUCGGGACGGACGACUACGAUACUUCGGAAAAGGCAAGAAUUCCGGCCUGGACCGACCGUAUUCUCCGAAAGGGGCAGAACCUGCGCCAGCUGUGCUACAACUCAGCACCGCUGAGGUUUUCAGACCAUCGGCCAGUCUACGCAACGUUCCAAUGCACUGUCAACAUUGUCGACGAGUCUCACCGCGAGCAGAUCAGCCAAGAGUUAUACUUGCGUCGGAAGCAGGAAGUUGGGGACCCUUCGACUAGUCUUGAUACUGAGGACGAGGACGACGAAGACCUUAUUGGAUACGACGCUAUCGAACCCGGACUACCACCUGCCAGCUCCGACCGGCAAAAGUGGUGGCUCGACAACAAGCAACCGGCGAGGGCAGGCGUGAAGCCGCCACCUCCGGGGGCAGACGGGCAGAGCAUGAUCGCGCGUUUCGUCCUUCUCGACGAACUUGUCAACGUCGCUCUACGAGCAUGUGAACACUCCGGCCGACCUCUUGACAUCAACGGCGCCCUCGGCGCGCAGGGCGCUUUCCGCCACCAUUUGACCCUUCCACUCUCCCAGCUCCGCCGCCACGAAACAGCUGUGCCUCCGCCACCGCCGCGACCGUCAUCGGCUCUUUCGGACCUCUCUCAGCUCUCGCAACAGUCACGUGGAAAGGCAGCACCACCCGUGGCAAGAAAGCCAUUACACCUGAGCUCAACGUCGCCGACGGCAAGCCCGUCAUCUACGAAGAAUGGGCAUGGUAUUCUGAGCGAUGAAAAGCCAAAGCUUCCUAUGCGGGCAGCGACGGGGCCUGUCGCGCAGAACGGCCAGGGCGGGCCGACGUCGCCUGCCAGCGGCGUGCUGAGGAAACAGCCGAUGGCCGGGGCGAUGGCCUUGCCAGGGAUGCGAGCAGGCGAGAACCGGCCCAAGCCUAAACCACAAGUGCCGACGAAGAUACAGAAGAAGGCACCGGUUGACUUGCUGGAUGCCCUGGGCGAUGACGAACCACGUGGUGCGGGGAGCUGGGAGACGUUGACGCCCAGCAGCCACAGACGACAACAAUGGAGCCGUCGGCGCCCACGCCGAAAAGACAGCCCCCCCUCUACACGCCCCUGGCCGCAGCAACGCUCGAGCGCAUCAACACCUGGCGCACGACGAACCUCCUCGCCGCAACCUGCACCUGCACCGACCCCCCGACGCCGCUCCCGCACCCGACCUCGACCUUUCUCGCCGCCCACACCAACUUCUGGCACGGCACCUGGACCUACCGCCGGCACCCGCCGCCCCCGCCACCGGACGACGACUGGCGCCCGGACUCAUGCCCCCGCUGCGCCCGCCUCGGCGCUGCCGCCCCGGCCACGCCAGAUCCCACCCCGGAAGAGCAGCAGCACGAGCAGCAGCAGCCGCCGCACGCCUCGGCCGGCGCCGCCUCCCUCGUCCGUCGGCGCCGCCCUCUCCCGCAUCGCCUCGCUCUGCCUGAACGCCCGCGAAAAAAGGGGGCGGCCGCCCAAGCCCGGGGCCGGCAGGGGGCUCGGUCUAGGACGAGGGGGCCCAGAUGCAGCCAAGCCGGGGGGCCCCCACGGCCCGGACACGGAAGACGACGAUGACGACGACGACGACGUCCCCAAGCGGCAGGGCGGGCGGGACGGCGGCGCGCCUCUGAAGCAGCAAGUCUCGUCGUCGUCGCUGUUUCGAAAGAUGAGGCUGCGCAAGUGGAGCUUCGAGCGGACGCCCGCCAGGACGGCCGCCGCGAACGCGAGCAGGGGCCGGCACGCCGUCGGCCGAGAGGAGGAAGACGUCGCGCGUCACGGCGGCGGCUGUUGCGGCCGUCAGCGCGCCGGCGGGGCGUGCCGCGUCCGAGUAUAA